GCUCGGGUGGCUGCUGACACGCUCGGAUCAGACAUGAUCAGACGAUGUAGCGGCAAUGUCGGGACAUCACGUCUGUUGUUCGGCUCGCUGGUGUUCCAACAAUGGGAAGAAUACUUCCGCCAGGUUCUUUCGAUUCCCAAAAGACGACAGGUAUGCUGCGUGGCUGGAUUUCUCAAACAGGAUGGACCUGGCGGAGCUUCCGAAAGAGCAAGUGCGCCGAAGCCACUACCUCUGCUCUGAGCAUUUUACAGACGGUGAUUAUGCUGAUCCACUCAAAAAGAAGCUUUUGUGGUCAGCAGUGCCAUCUGUAAGGAUCAGGGGGCGGUCCCUGACAGCCACAGACACUGAAGAGAGUUCUCAGCCUGGACCACUCGCUGUGCUUCAAGAACUCAAAGCACCAAAGAGCCCCAUUUCAUCCCAGCAGAGGCCAGCUCCUCUGCAUGAAGGCACCACAGAAGACCAGAUUUCAGAGGCAGUGGCUGCGGAGCACCAGCUCUCACUAGAACCAGGGCCAUGCGGGCUACAGAAAAGUAGCAGCCAUGACGAUACCAUGAUGGAGCGACGCGAGGCAAUGGAAAAAAACAUUAGAACAGGACACAAGGCAUGCUGUGCGGCCCGGUGGUGUGAGAGCACUGGCAGGAACCGCAAUCUCAAGUUCUUCCGUUUCCCACUGGAUGACAGGUGCGACAAGUGGCGACGAUUUGCAGACAGAGACGACUUGGCGUCCCUGACACCAGCGGAAAUGAACACAGGAUACCGUCUCUGCUCUGAGCACUUUACGGACCGCGACUAUAUGGAUCCAUACAAAACAAGGCUGCUUUGUUCUGCGGUGCCAUCCGUGAAGUUUGCAGAGUCUUCUCAGCUUCUGUUUCUGCAUGUUAAAGUGAUCCCUGGAGAAGCUUCCCCUAGCCAGGAUGAGCGAGCUGGAGAAAGAGUUGCUGCAGUGGAUAAGACCUCCACUCAAGAACUACCAAGAGGACUUCAGGUGGAGCACAGACAACUGCGUCAUACCUGUGCAGCAUUGUGGUGCGACAAAGGAAGUACCAAAUUCUUUCGUUUUCCAAAGGAUGACAGAUGCAAGGCAUGGGUUGAAUUCACGGAACGGAAGGACCUGGCGGAGCUUUCUAAGGAACAACUAAACCGAAGCUAUCGCCUUUGCGCUCUCCACUUUAAAGAUAAAGACUACAAUGACCCUAGGAAGACAAGACUUGUUUGGAAUGCUGUGCCCUCUGUGAAGGCAUUGGAGCAAGCCAACCCAGCAACUGAGCUGCGGUUACAAGGCCAGGCCAUCAGCCAAGCUAGCACCUCCAAAGAUGCGGGAUUAGCAGUCCAGGCCCCAUCUUCUGCAUCUCAUUUUCCAGCUUCUGCAUCUCCGCUUGAGAGGAGAGAAAAUGAUGGUACCAAAAGAUGUCACGGAAGGUUGCAGCACCUCCAGAGUGACACUGCACAGCGUUUUGUUUUAAGAAGGCGACCUGUGCUCAAUUUUAAAAGAUGUCGUCUCUUGAGCCAGCUAGCUCUUCCUCGAAAAAGGAGUCCGGCACCUGAAGUCGACUAUGAAACCACUAUUCCUGAACCACUAGAGGUUCCGCUAAGUGCCAAGGACUUCUUUCUCUUGGGAGAAACUUGUGGGUCAGAGGCAGACAUGGAAGUGGCAGGUGACAAGGAUGACUGCUCAAACAGUAACAGUGGCAGCGUAUGUAUGGCUGAAGGCAUGGACUGUUUUAUGGAUGAUGAGGACACUGUUGCUACCAGGACCAUCGGACUUCAAACAGAAGAAUGUGACGCUGAAACUACUACCUUUUCAUCACGUUUAUGCCACAUGACUUGGGAUGGGGUAGCAACCGAAGUGGCUCACAAAGCAGCUGACUCAGCACCCAUGGAAACUCCAAGCAGACCAAGAGAAGAACCCAAGAAGUGGCACAUAACUUACAUUGUUUACUGAAAUCAAAUAAUGCACAGCAGGUGUUGCUGUGUAUGUACAAAUGUAAAUUAUAUCGAUAAUAUACAUCUGAAGUUUCAGACGUAAACUGUUUUUGAAUAAAAGACAGAUG